GUAAUUGAAAGGUUUGUAUAACUACUCAACUAAGGCGAACUCGACCUUCAUAUACAGAACACAAUGUACUUCAAGUUAUGAAACAAAGUUGACCUUCUUCUUCCUAAGUAGAAACAAUAUACUAAGUUACAAAACAAAGUAAGUGCUGUACACCACAUACACUAUUUGAUAAUAAGAGUAAGCUACUAUAAGGUGGAGACUGAUAAGUUCUUAUUCUCAAAUCAUAACUAAGGUUAAUAUGGAUCUAUUCGGGUUUGAACUAUCUGAGGUGAGGGUCUUCCUGAUUAUCUUCAUUGGGACUGCAAUUUUGAUGCGUGUGGUGAUGUACUUCCUUUGGGCAAGGACCCUACCCCCGGGACCCAUGGGACUACCCAUCAUCGGGAAUCUUCAUCAGCUCGGGAAAAAUCCUCACAAAACAAUGGCAUCCUUUGCAAGAAAAUAUGGCAAUGUUUAUAUGAUUCAUUUUGGAAGUCGUCCAACAGUUGUAUUAAGUGAUUAUGAAACUGUACGGGAAGCUAUGAUCAAACAUGGCGAUGAUUUCGCCGGACGUCCUGAUUUUCAAUCAUUUCAAUACAUCAACGAAGGAAAAGGUGUUGCUUUUUCACCUCACUACGAUGCAAGAUGGAAACUAUUGAGAAAGAUUAUGGUUAACGCAGCUAGACUUUUGGUCAAUGAUAAGAAGCGUCCAAUAGAUGCCAACAUCCUAGAUGAAUGUGACACUCUUAUCAAAGAACUACUAUCUACCAAUGGACAACCAAUUGAUCCUAGGAUCCCCAUAAAGAUGUGUGUAGGAAGUAUUAUUUUUACAUUGGUGUUUGGUGAAUCUAUAGCAAGUAGAGAAGAUCAAGAUUUCAAAGACAUGAUUGAAAGUUCUAGAAAAUUCACAGCUUUUCAAGCAAGUGGUGGCAAUAUAGCUGACAUCAUGCCUUGGACAAAGAUUUUCACCAAGAAAAGAUUACAAGAGUUUAUUGAGCUUAUUGAUGAAAACCAGAAACUUCAUCAACGGAAACACAAGGAACAUGUCUUAACAUACAAUCAAGAGGAUCUAAGAGAUAUCACUGAUGCACUCAUUAAAGCAAGUCGGGAUGUAAGAAAGAUUGAAAAUAUGGUAGAUUUAGAUGAGCGAUUCAUCCUUACUCUUACAGGAGAGUUUAUUGGAGCUGGGUUUAACACAGUGUCUACUUUCAUGCAUUGGGCUGUCCUUUAUAUGGCUUCUUAUCCAAAGAUACAGAGUAAAGUACAUGCAGAGAUUUCAGCUGUCAUUGGUGAUGGCCGCCAACCUCAAAUUGGGGACAAAAUUAAUAUGAAAUAUACAGAGGCUUGUAUUUUGGAAAUCAAUCGCAAAUCCUCUUUAACUCCCAUGGCACUGCCCCAUGCUACUACAUGUGAUACAACACUGAAUGGUUACACAAUACCUGCUAAGACCCUGACCUUCAUCAAUCUAUGGGCCCUUCACCAUGAUGAGACCACAUGGGGCGACCCUGAAAACUUCAGACCAGAGAGAUUCCUUGACAAAGAUGGCGAAAUCAUCCAGGAACUUGCAGAAAAAGUUGUAGCAUUUGGUCUUGGACGACGUCGAUGCUUGGGAGAAUUUAUAGCAAAACUUGAACUAUUUUUGCUUCUUACACGUACAUUGCAAAGAUGUGAGUUUGCAAUUCCAGAAGGUGUUACUCCUAAUAUGGAAGGGGUCUAUGGACUUGCUCUAGAUCCUGCACCAUUUGAUGUCACAAUUACACCAAGGGAUUAGUAAGAUAGAGCACUUGUAAAAAGACCUAUCAAAUGUAUGUGAAACCAUUGCUUAAACCGCCUUCACACCAAACUAGUUCUCACUAUUUCAGAACAUGCUCAAACUGUGUUGAAGCAUAUUUGAUGAAGCUAUACAGUUAAUAACCUUAUGGAUGUGGAAGUUGGGAAAGUGCUCUAAAACAUACUGACAACAUAUUUUAAAGUAGCGAGAUCAAUAGUGCAAAAGAAAGUUCAUUCAUGGAACGAAGCAUGAAACUUUCUAUUUUUAUCAGGACAGGAUUGUAUUUGAUUUAAGAGCCACAUUCAUUUUGUAGUUCACUAUAGAUAAAGCAAGAUGGCCAUACUAUAACUGGAAUUAUACUUCAACCUUGCAAAGUACGGUCUGAUAUCAACUGUAGUAUGGACACUUUUAGAAAUAGUUUGAUCGUUUUUUGACU